AUGGUGUCCUUCAACGCGAGAAACAGAGAAGAAGAAGACGACGAUCACGAUUUUGAUAAAAAAAAAACCGAUCAGGAGGAAAAAUUCGCAUGGCAGGAAAACUUGCGCGAGGACGAUCCGUGGAAACACGUGAAAGAUAUCAAAGGGGAUUUGCAUUACCGAGUGUUGUCGAUUCCUCGAAACGCGACGAUGAGAGAGAUUAAAGCGGCGUAUCGGCAAAAAGCGCGCGAACAUCAUCCGGAUAAAGGCGGUUGCAGCGAAACGUUCGAUAAAGUGCAAAAAGCGUUCGAGACGUUGUCCUGUCCCAAGAAACGAGAGCAGUACGACAGGUUACAACACGUGACGCAAUAUCGGUACAUACCGGGCGUGACGCAAAGAGCAGUCGGAGGAGAGGAUUUACUGUUGGACGAUAUCGCCCGAUUAGGGUUAGAAACAGACGCGAGCACGCAGUUGGUGGUGUUGUGCGAGGUGUGCGGGAGACCGUCGACGAGAGUGUGCAUGUGCUCGUUGUAUUAUUGCGAUUUUUGCGAACGGAAGCAACACUGGAAAGGCGAGUUUGGUUUGCACUGGCCAGUGACGCAGAGCGAUCGUUUGAAGGUGGAUUUGGCAAAAAAAGAGUUGGAGGAGAAGAAAAAAGAAGACGCGAGGAGAUACGAGUUGGAAGAUCCAAACUUCAGAGAUCCGGCGUCUUUGAGAGAGAUUCGCGAGUUCAAAGAACACGCCGCGGAGAUUUACGGCGUGAGGAAACGAGAUCAAACGAGGGUGUUCGAUAUGCGUUUGGCGAGAUAUUACAUGUGGGCACAGACGACGCGUCAUGUAUACGUCGCGAUCAUGUUACCGACUGGAUAUAAAGAUAAAGAGCUGCACAUGGACUUCAGAGGGCAAGUGUUAGUGGUUCAAAGCGAAGACUCGCCUCCGGUGGUGGAAAGACACCUCGCGUUUCAACCGUCGCGCGAGUUUCCCGUGCAAACCAUGCAAACGGAGGAUAAAAGAUUUUUCGUGCUCUCGAUUCCGAAAAGCAACAUGGGAGAAGAUAUCAAACAGUGCUUUGAAGGUGAUCCAGACUACGCGCGAUGCAUGCAACCGCCGUAUACUUUACACGAAUCAAAUACUGAAGUCAUCAUGGAAUUUGAACUGCCGUUUUGGAUCGACGAGGAAGACGUUCGCGUGGACAUUACGAAACGUACCGUUCGCGUUCGCGUGACGAACGAAAUCGAUACGAUACGUCAUUUCUGGUGGAAAACGCAAGGGCACGAAGAGUUGCGCAAGAACUGGGAAGCAAUCGUUCCUGAAGAGUGCGCGUGGUCUUUAGACGACGAAAGCAUAAACUCAAAAGGCGAAAAAUGUCGCCUUUUGAUGAUUUGCCUCGCAAAGCCUUUGCCAGAUCAAGAAGAGAAAGAAUAUAAGAAAAACUCGCGCCAAGAUAACAGAUUUGCAUUGGCAAAGUGGGUUGACACUUCAACAACCCAAGAGUCCGGUGUCCGAUUCUUUAUCGAAGACGAAGACGAUUUCGAUCUCGAGUCGUUGCUCAUAUCGAUGGUGUUUAUGGAAACGGGCUCGUCUUUUGUACCCGUCAAACCAGAAUACGCGUAUCGCGCACCGUUCGAUACUUCGAAAACAAUAAAAGACGUAAAUUUACUCCCGAAAAGAGUAAAAACGUUGCUGGAUAAGAUGCUAGACGGAACAGAAGUGUUUGAAAAGAACGAAGAAGAAGGAAGAGGAGAAGGAGGGAACCUCGAGGCGAUUGCGAACGAAUAA